CGCCUGCUUCUGAUCAUCAUCCUGCGUUCCAGCGCUCUGUUAUUAAGCCCGACCUGCCUCUGGUGAUCGCCUCGGCUGUCCCUUCGAUACCUUGCACGACGGCUCUCGAGUGACGCAUAACCGCGACUGUCUUGUUCUUGUUCCGCGCUCGCAUUUACGAUUCCUCGGGCUUCAAAGAGGCGAAACCGUCAUCAUGUCCGUCAACUUUCGAGACCGGGCUAUCGCCGAGGUCCAGAAGGCUAUUGCCGCGGACAACGACAAGGAAUAUCAAAAGGCCUUUGAUCUCUACAUGUCAUCGAUGGAGCUGUGGGUCAAGGCCUUGAAGUGGGAGAAGAACAAGUCCAUCAAGGCCACCAUGCAGGAGAAGAUGGCCACCUACUUAGACCGCGCCGAAAAGCUGAAGCAGUUCUUACAAUCCGAGAACGAGAGCAACACGAACGGCGGCAAAACUCCCAUGGGGGCCAAUGGCUCUAGCGCGGGAGGCAAAGCCAAGCCAUCGGCGGAAGACGAAGAUAGCAAGAAGCUUCGCAAUGCGCUGUCAGGCGCCAUUCUUCAAGAGCGGCCAAACGUGAGGUGGGAGGAUAUUGCUGGAUUGGAGGGUGCCAAGGAGACGCUGAAGGAGGCCGUCGUGCUGCCUAUCAAAUUUCCAACGCUGUUUCAGGGCAAGAGACAAGCUUGGAAAGGUAUCUUGUUGUAUGGCCCUCCAGGAACCGGAAAGAGUUACUUGGCCAAGGCCGUAGCAACAGAGGCAAACAGUACUUUCUUCAGUAUUAGCAGUUCUGAUUUGGUGAGCAAAUGGAUGGGUGAGAGUGAAAGGCUCGUGAAGCUCUUAUUCUCCAUGGCGAGAGAGAACAAACCUUCCGUAAUCUUCAUUGACGAGAUUGAUGCCCUCUGUGGUCCCAGAGGUGAAGGUGAAUCUGAAGCCUCUCGACGAAUCAAGACCGAAAUCCUGGUGCAGAUGGACGGUGUCGGCAACGACAGCAAAGGUAUCCUUGUUCUAGGAGCAACCAAUAUUCCCUGGCAACUAGAUGCUGCUAUUCGUCGGCGUUUCCAGAGACGUGUCCACAUUGGACUGCCUGACAUUAACGGGCGUGCAAGAAUGUUCAGGCUUGCUAUUGGAGAUACAGACACUGCUUUGGAGCCUAGCGACUACAACACUCUGGCAACUUUAUCAGAGGGCUUCUCAGGAAGCGAUAUCAGCAACGUUGUCCAACAUGCUCUCAUGAGACCGGUCCGAAAAAUCCUACAAGCUACACAUUUUAAGCCAGUUAUGAAAAAUGGCAACCGGAUGCUGACUCCUUGUUCUCCCGGAGAUGACGAGAAGAUUGAGAUGACGUACGACGAUGUAAAGCCCGAAGAGCUGCUGGCUCCAGAUGUGGCACUCGCAGAUUUCGAGAUUGCCUUGGCGGAUUCACAUCCGACAGUGUCCAAAGACGACAUUGAGAAGCAGAUUGAUUGGACUAAUGAAUUUGGAAGCGAGGGAGCUUAGGGAAUGGGCGUGUCUUUGAGUGUACAUGGCACAGCGGCGCUUUGAGGAGUUAGAGGGGCAUCUAGGCACUCUUUGCACAUACAGUUCUGAAUUUGGGAAUCGUAAUCCAUUUUACUGGAAAAGACAAAAGAAGCUGUUCAUAUUCGAUUCUUUCACAGUAGAUAGUGGGGCCAAUGGUUUAGUAGUAUGAUGUAGUUUUUCUUGAGGUCAAAGCCCAAGGAUGAACUGGAAUUGUCGUUGUAA